UAAUGAUCCAGAAAUAGCACGCGAUUCUUGAAUACAUGUUCUGGUUUCGAAACCGAUACAGUUCCAAUUCCAGCCGACAAACCAUACCCGGGAUUACAUGUGCAGCGUAAGAAAAGUGUAGGAAUCAGAGUAGGAAAUUUUGUAGAAUUUGUAUAGUGAUAUAGUGAUGUAUUAGAUAAAAGUUUAUUUCCAGCAUCGUAACGUCAGUAUUAACACGAGGACGGUUACAAAAAAUUGGUUUAAGGAUAAGAAAAAUAACUUAUAUCGACCCUCCCAAAAUUUUGAUCUACUUUCGGUAGAAAAUAUUGAAAGUGUUAAUAAUAAUUAACGUUAGAUUCGAUCAGGAAGUUUAAGGUGCCAGUUUUAAGGGAAAUAGUUCGAAUUCUCGUAAAUCCGUGCUCACAAAUGUCAAUUACCAUUUGUGUGAUUUUGAAAGAAGCAAAUCUAAUCUACGAACACACAAAAUCUUGACGCUUUCAACACGCUUGAUCACACUCAAAUCCACAUUUUCAGUAUUUUCGAGUACUAAUCGAGAAGAUGUGGAAAAACAAUUUCGAGCAAAUGUCACUUGGGAAAAUAAAUGUUUCACUGCUCGAUGCAGCGGUACGAUGAUGUGCUUUAACAGCUGUAUCGAAACGUCAACGGUCCCCGAAAAAGCUUCUUAUCGCCGCUGACCUUCACCGUAGACCAAAACAACAGAUCCCGGUUUGGCCGGUACCGGACAGCAGUUUCCCGUGAAUUUUCUGGUCUGCGAAGCCCAUCACUUUUCGUAAAAAAACAACAACCGCCCAUUAGCAACAGCGUUAUGAUGGCAGCAACCAAGCGCGCCCUUGCCCUGAUCGCCCGCGGUUCGGAGGAGAUGGAACUCGUCAUUACCGUCGAUGUGCUGCGCCGCUGUAACGUCGAGGUUACCGUUGCGCUGGUGCAGGAGGCGGAGGGCACAGCGGCCGGCAAUACCGAGCCGCUCGUGGCCUGCUGCUCCCGCGGCGUUAACGUGAAGGCGGACACCACGCUGCAGGCGUACGUGGAGCAGCAGGCCGCCACCGAUGACGGCCUGCCGGAUGCCAUCAUCCUCCCUGGGGGGCUCGAGGGCGCAAAAGCGAUGGCCCAAGCGCCGGCGGUCGGCGCGCUGCUGGAGCGCCAGGCCCGGGUCGGCAAGCUGGUCGCGGCCAUCUGUGCCGCGCCGACGGUGCUGGCCGCCCACGGCAAGCUGUUCGCCGGCCGGCGCCUCACCUCCUACCCGUCCUUCCGGGAGAAGCUGCAGGCGGAUGGGUACCGGUGGGAGGAACCGGCGGCCGGCGGUCUCGGGCGGGUCGUACGGGACGAGAACCUCAUUACCAGCCUCGGGCCGGCCACCACGUUCGACUUUGGGCUGGCGAUCGGGGCGGCACUGGUCGGGCAGGAGGUGGCCGACAAGGUUGCCGCCGGUCUGCUCUACAAGUGAGGGAGGGGCCACGCGGGACGAAAUUUUCUCUAGUGUGUGUGUGUUUGUGAGUGCGCGUGUGUUACUUUUGGGGACAAUUAUGAAUCAGUUUGGGCUAAUUUAAAUGUGGAUAGUUUGUUUUUGGUUUUGUUUGAAUAAACAAACACAAAAUAAUAUGAUUAUCAAACUCAAUAAAACAUAAAGCCAGUUUGUAAUAUUUGA